GAAGCUAAAAAGUGGCAGGAAAGGAAGGAAGUGUUGGAAGCUCUCCAGAAGUUGACGGACAGCCCCCGCAUUGCAAAUGGAGAUUUCGGUGGUUUGGUGAAGACUUUGAUCAAAGUGGUUGGUAAAGAUACAAAUGUGAUGUUGGUCUCUGUUGGCGCUAAAUGUAUGGCAGGACUUGCCAAUGGUCUCCGAAAGAAGUAUGCCCCUUAUUCUUUGUAUACUAUACAAGUUAUCCUAGAGAAAUUCAAGGAGAAGAAGCAGACGGUGGUUGUUCCUCUCCGUGAAGCUGCUGAUGCUGCAUUUGUUGGUACAACAUUAGAUGCUAUCUCUGAGGACUUGGUGGCAGCCCUAGACAAUAAGAACCCAUCCAUUAAAGGAGAGACCGCCUAUUUCCUUACAAGAUGUUUUGCCAGAUCAACUCUCGGCACCUUACCCAAGAAACUAUUGAAGCUGUUCUGUGCUAGUCUGCUGAAGACAUGUAAUGACACAGUCCCUGAUGUGCGUGAGCGAUCAUAUGAAGCCUUGGGGAUGGCUAUGAAGGUUGUAUCUGAAAAACACGUAGCACCAUUCCUUGUCGAUGUUGAUGCCAUCAAGAUGCAGAAGAUCCAGGAGUGCUGUCAGGCGGCUGUCCUCCUUACUAUGUACGGAGAACCUCGUAGUGGGGGUGCAGCUGCUGCACCAAAACCUAAGAAGGAAGAGCCUAAACCAGUACAGAGACCCAGCACGGCACCAGCUAAGAGCACAUCUGCCUCAUCAAAACCAGCUGCCAGUAAAGGAGGGCCAGCAAAAAAGAAAGUCCCUGCAAAAGCAGCAGCCAAAGGCAAGGACAAGAAAGGAGGAGCUGGGGAAGGAAGUAAUGAGUUUACGGAGAACGUGUUGUCGGAUGAUGCCGUAGAGGAGAAAGCCACAGCGGUACUGUCCACUGAGACAGUGGCCCAGUUAGCAAGCUCCAACUGGAAGGAGAGGUUAGCCGGCAUGGAGAAAAUAGCUACAACAUUGAAAAGUCUGAGUAAAGACGAGAUACCCUGCCAGGCCUUACUGCGGACUUUGUGUAAGAAACCUGGUCUCAAGGAUACUAACUUCCAGGUUUUGAAGAUUCGUGUGGAGGUAGCUGGGUUCUUAGCAAAAAAUGCCAAGUUUUCUCGAGUGUCUGCUGAGUAUUGUCUGUCAGACCUAGUGGACAAAGCAGGUGAUGUCAAGAAUGGGGCGGCAGUCCAGGAAACUCUUAGUUGUAUAGCCGAGGCCUUAUCUCUGGACUUUGUGGGCAGAGAGGUGAUGAAACUGGCAUCUGAGCAGAAAAACCCAAAGAACAAUUCUGAGUGUAUGAAUUGGUUAGGGAAUGCUAUAAAAGAGUUUGGUUUCAAAAUAAAUGCCAAACCUUUGGUGGUGCAGAUAAAGAAAUCUUUUGGAGCUACAAACCCUGCUAUUAGAACUUCAGCCAUUAAUUUGGUGGGUGUCAUGUACCUGUACAUGGGGCAGGCAGUCAGGACGUGUUUUGAAGACGAGAAAGCUGCCCUUCUUCAACAGAUAGAUGCAGAGAUUGAAAAGGUGAAGGGAGAGAAACCACCAGCUCCAACCAGAGGCCCUAUUGUACCUGCCGGGGGUGAGGAUGCUGAUGAGGAAGAUGAGGAAGCUGGUGAAACAGAGGAAAGUAAUAUGGCUGACCUCAUACCAAGGAAUGAUGUGGGAGAGAAAUUCACACCGGAACUGAUGGCAGAGAUGGCUGACAAGAAUUGGAAGAUUAGGAAAGAAUCUCUGGAAAAAGUGGCUGCCAUUUUAAACGAAGCCAAAUUUAUUAAAGCCAACCUUGGUCCCCUUCCUGAGUCCAUCAAGAUCCGCCUCGGAGACUCCAACAAAGUUCUGGUGAACAUGACAAUUGCUAUUUGUUUAACAUUGGCCAACAAUAUGGGACAUCACUGCAAGCAUCACAUCCGAGUCAUUGGUCCUGCACUCAUCGGCUGCUUUGGAGACAGUAAGCCAGCACUGAGGGCGGCCGCAGUGGGAGCACUCAAUGCCUGGGUGGAGCAAUGUAACUUGGUACCUUUAGUGGAGGUAGAGGCUAUCCUUGAUGCUAUGCGACUGGAGAACCCCAACCUUAGACAGGAGUUGUUGGGUUGGCUGACGGAGAAACUACCAAACCACAAACAACUACCACCGGAGUUUAAACAAUGUGUGCCACUUCUACUGAACUGCCUAGAGGACAGGAAUGGGGAUGUUAGGAAGAAGGCACAGGAAGCACUUUUACCAUUUAUGGUCCAUGUUGGUUUUGAAAGCAUGUUUAAGGCGACAUCAAAAAUGAAGCCUGGCUCCAAGGACACCAUUAUGGCGUUGAUAGAGAAGGCAAAAGCAAACCUCCCAGCCAAGCCACAGAAAGCUAAGAAAGCUGCGGCACCAGUAAAGGCUAGUUCUCCCGAAUCUUACGACGAGCCCGAUACUGGCAAGCCAAGUCGACCACUGUCUACAGCUUCACAGGAUAGUGUGCCUGACAGUAAACCUGCAGCAGGCAAAACUGCCCGAGGCAAGGCCAAGAGUGCCCCAGCAACAAGUAAGAAAAAGAAGGAAGAGGAGGACUUGGGACCUCCAAUGAACACCACAGUACCCAAGGAACAGCGCUUCAAGGAUGAGAAAAACAUGAAGGUUUUGAAAUGGAAUUUCAUUGAAGUGCGUGGAGAAUAUAUCGAACAAUUAAGGACACAAAUGGAAAAGAACUUCAGCAAAACUAUGAUAGAUUUACUCUUCCACUCGGACUUCAAAUGCCACACCAAGGCUAUAGAGACUCUAAUCAAGUGUAUGGAGAGCCAACACGAUGCGACAAUGGUAAAUCUGGACAUCAUCCUCAAGUGGUUUACUGUCCGCUUCUUCGACACCAACCCUAGCAUGCUGAACAAGGCGCUGGAGUAUCUACGUCUACUCUUCACCAUGCUGACUGAGGAAGACUACCACCUGGUCGAGUAUGAGGCAACCUCCUUCAUACCCUACCUUAUUAUCAAAGUGGGAGACUCUAAGGAUGGUGUUAGGCGAGAUGUACGUGUUCUCUUUAAACUGCUCCAUAAAGUCUAUCCGGCUAGCAAGACCUUCAGUUACCUGAUAGACGGUCUGAAAUCCAAAAACACCAAGCAGCGUAUGGAAUGCCUUGAGGAAUUGGGAAGCCUGAUAGAGGCAUAUGGCAUCACAAUUUGUCAGCCGUCACCUGGACAAGCUCUCAAAACCAUCAGUGGCCAGAUUGGUAACCGAGACAACGGUGUGAGGAAUGCAGCCCUGAACGCAACAGUGGUGGCUCACACCAUUCUAGGGGACAAUCUGUACAAGUACACAGGACCGCUCAAUGACAAAGACCAGGACCUUCUGGAUGAGAGGAUCAAGAGGUCACUGAAGAAUAAGUCUGCUCAGCCCCAGAAGGCCCAGGAGGAAUCUCGUCCUAAAACUGCUCCUCAGCAACCACAGAGAUCUGCUUCUCAAGCUACAAUACAGAGACCGGGUACUGCCAUUCCAAAGUCAGCCUCGUCUAACUCGGUAAAGAAGUUUGCUAUAGAGAUAGAGGAUGACCGAACAUCACAGCCAGAGAUUCCAAAACUCAUCCAAUAUGAUUUGGAUGAGAUUUUCCAGCCUGUCAAACUUCCCCCAACUAUCAAUCGUAACAGACCUCCAUCUCCGUCACUGAGGAUGGCCAAAUCAACUGAUGCAGCCACAACAAUCAGCAUGGUCAUCUCUCAGAUCACCAGUGCAGACAUCACUUUGUGUAUCCAGGCUCUCGCACAGAUUGACGAGGUACUAAAGGAGGAAGGGCGAGCUGAGGUUAUGGUUAACCACGUUGACCAGCUCCUUCUGUCUGUGUCAAUGCAGCUCAAAAUGGUGUACUCUACACACAUGGGCAGCAAGUCCACACCCAAGGACAAUGUCAUCCGUCUGUACAGGUGUCUGUUGGGAACUCUGCUCGCAUUGUUCCAAAACCCGAGUCUGUCUGCCAAGGCAUCCAAGGAUAUUCUGAAGGAUCUUAUCAAUAACCUUGUCACUAUCCUUUUGGACAACCGACUAGUGGAGCUGGAGGAGGGGGCCCAGGUUGUGCGGUCGGUCAACGUCAUGGUUGUGAAGAUUGUGGAGAAGGCUGACCAUACCUCCAUUAUGAGUGCCUUGAUCAGGUUACUACAGGAUUGUGUUGCUAGUGAGAUAUGUUCUGGGAAAUUUCUAGAAUUGAUCAUGAAGUGUUUAUGGAAGAUUGUCCGAAUGUUACCUGAGAUCAUCAAUGAUAUCAACUUGGACUGUAUACUACUGGAUAUACACAUGUUUAUGACGGCCUUCCCUGGCUCAACGUGGAAAUCUCGACCAAAUGACUUGCCAAUACGCACAAUCAGAACCAUUCUGCAUUCCAUCAGUAAACUGCAGGGAGCAGCAAUUCUAAACCAUAUGACGAUGAUUGAUGGCAAUUCAGAAAUGAGAUCCUACCUCAGCAAAAUCCUCAAGUUCACAGGAGCUCAAAAUGGAGGCAUGGAAGAGGAGGAUUCUCGGGCUCAGAGAGGUAGUGCCCAGAAACAGAAGAGACUGACCAAGAGUACACAUGAUAUGUUAGCAGUCAUUUUCAAAAAGAUUGGCUCCAAAGAGAACACAAAAGAGGGCUUGAACGAUCUUUACGACUUCAAGAAAAAAUAUCCAGAUGCUGACCUGGAACCUUUCUUAAAGAAAUCCUCCCAGUUCUUCCAGACGUAUAUAGAAAGAGGACUGAACAGUAUAGAACAAGAAAGGGAAGGAAAACAACCAACUUCUGAAACAGGGUAUACAAAGACGGACAUUCAAGUGAUAAGUAACCCUGCUACCAGUGAAUCGACAGAAGAGCCAAAUGUUUACCGACAGCGGCUGCGGGUUCUACGAGCUAGAUGUGGACUGGAUAAUAUUGAAGAGCCAAACAACACAGAAUCAUCUAAACCUGAGAUACAAGAUACAGAUACUGCCAUGAUAACUGAUGUGCCUCCCACAUCAGCACCUCCAGAUGAUCCACCAGCUUCCAUGACCUCCACAUCCUCAGCAGACUUCUCAGAACUCAAGAUGAGACUGGAGCGUAUCAAACGACUUGCCAACAGCUGAGCGAGUAGAAAUGGAUUACAACAAAAUUGUGUGCUCAGUGGUGCCAAAGUAUUAGUUUUUAUGAGAGACAUUCACAUAAGGGGGAUAAUUAUUAUGGUGAAAACCAAGGGCAAAGGAGUGAGGGCAGGUUACUCUACACCUAGUGCAUAUAAUGUUUUCAUUAUCUUGGUGCUUGGAAUAGAAUAUCGCCCUCAAUGUGAUAGUGACUUAUGCAUCAUCAAUGUUUUAUUGAUAAUUUAGCUUUUUCAAUAAGGUAUAACAGAACUGGAUAUUUUCCUAUUCCAGCUUUGAUGUCUAAAGUAAUCCCAGCUGUGCUCUAGUGUAUAAGAUACCUUGCACAUUUUACUGGUGUUUACACAUUGAAUCUUGUCUAAGUCGGUAAUUAUACCAGCUAUUUAGCUGUUACAGCAUAUACUGAAUAACAUUUCAAAUUCUACUUGUGGCGACAUUUACCUGUAGUAUUCACAAGUAAUCAAAGAAACACCUUGACUUUUACCUGUGUCUCGCCAGGUAGUACAUUACAGUACGACACGGUUGCUGAUAUGUUUACAUUUUAUUAAAUGAAAUGAACAGUGUUUUUAUAUAAACAGUUUAUGAUGGAGGUGAUGUUGUAUGUAAAACACUGCCUUUGUAAUGUUUUAACUUCUCACUGUAAGGAUCAACAUUGUAAUAUGACAGUAGUGUUGCUCUACAUUAAUGUGAAGGAAUGUUAUUGUGUGUGUGUAUGUUUAAGUUAUUGGAUGCCUUAUGUGAGACAGUGCUGCUUCAUAGUGUCACAGAAACGUCGCCCCAUUAGCUUGAUUAUACGACUGGUGUUCACUUCAUUAUCACAUACUAGAUAUAAUAUUUCUUAGGUUAAAAUGUGUAUACACUUUUAUAGUGAUAUUUGUGUUAAAAUUUUGCAAAAUCUUGUUAUUGUUCACGAUGUAAUUGUCUAAAGAUAAUUUAAAACUGAAAUCUUCACAGGUGUCCCAACAUGUCAAGUCCAGGUGUAUGUCAUUAGGGAUGUUCAGUGACCCUCCAGAUAAAGUCUGGCGGAUUGCCAUGUUAUUAGGGAUGUUCAGUGUGAAUUAUACAGAAACGUCUCAGAAUACCAAGUGCUGCUACAUCACUUGUACAAGUGUAAAGGAUUAUAGAAUUUCCAAUGAGACUUUCCCUUUCAAUAUUAACAGUUUACUAGUGAUCAUGAGUUUUUAUAGAAUUUUUACGGAAACUUUCACUGUCAAUAUUACAGUGUACUGGUGAGAUACCACAUCAUAACAUGUCCUAAGUCACAGGAGUUUGACAUCAAAUCACCCAACAUGUAUAUUCCUGUGACUAUUCUGUAAUGGCCUCACACAUACAAGGAUGAUCAUUGACCAUUGCCCGUUACUCCUGCAAUGUUUGAGUACCAAAUCACCCUCCUGAGUACUGUAUGUUGUAAUUAGAAAUUUUACUGAUACGCCAAACUCCUGUGAGAAAUAUAGGACACAAUACUUGAGUCUAAUCCUUAGUAAGUACUAACAUACAUAAGUCAUAUUAACCUAGGUAUAUGUUCUGGUAUGAUAAAUGCAAUAGUUUUCAUUGGACUCGUAAAGGUCGACACAUCAUGUGUAGGUGGACCUACGUUAUGUAAUAGGGAUGUCUGCCAGUCAAUCAAAAGCUGCCUUUGAUAUUUGUAUUGUAUUCUCCUACUUUGUACACCAGUUCACAUCUCUUGAGUGUUUUUAUUUUGAAUUUGUUACCCAGCGUAAAAGCACUGUGGAUUCCAUUCACUACAAUAGGUAUCAUGCUACUAAUUUCUAUCACCUGUACCUUGUUUGGUAUGAUAUAGACAUGUAACUCUACACAAACAUUUGUAAUUAAUGUUCAUUGAUAUUAUACUGUAAUUGUUGACGUAUUGUCAUCGGUUAACUACUGUGUCUAGUUAUAUAGACAUUUGUAUCUCCACGCUUGCUGUGUAACCUUUGUUGUCACAUUCCGCCAAGUUAGUGUCAUCAGCAUUAUAUAUAUAUUACUGAUCUGAGGGGUAUUACUUCUCACUCCCUAUCUGUCUCUUCUAUCCUUUCCAUCCUACUACUCCUUGAGAACAAUACAAAUUUAUAUGUUAAAGUUGAUACUAAUAUAAAAAGCCAGAGAAUUGUGAAAACUUUUGUGUAAGGAUUAUUGUCUUUUGUGCGUCAUGUGCUGUUGAUCGUGUAGGUCAACAAAAGGGACAGUUGUGUACCAAGUGUAUUGGUAAUAUGCUCUGGCAUCAUGUGAUAUUGGAUUGUAGUACAACAUGGAAGUACCAUGAGUUUGUGAGUGAGAGAGAGAGAGAAAAGUGGUGAGUGGGACAGUUUUGGAAGAAAAGGAAGGAGAGAAAAAGACAUGUUGAUACCUCAGUCGGUACAAUCACUUAUUUUCAUUAUAAAUAUCUCAUCAUUUUCGUCCAAACAUAUUUAAGUAAUAAUACUUGCAGUGGUGAUAUGUCUCAGUUCCCAUGUGUGAAGCCUUUUUCAGUCUGCUUCCUUCACAAUAAUGUUGGCAUUAAUUGUCAGUAAAUUUAUAGGCACUACCAUCCCCACUGAUUGUGUACAUCAUGCCUGCUAUCUUCUAAACACAAGGGUCCUCAUCUUUAUGGCAUCCUUGGAAUAUUUAACAGCAACAUUAGAGGCUCAUUGUUCACUGGUUUGUUACAGAUAAAAACAAACCCGUCACCACACUCAGUCUACACUACACUCGGUCUACACUGAUACUUGUCCUUUAAGAUUACAAUAGAACUACAUACAUUGUAAGAAAAAAGAUCAUGUGAUGUAGAAUUCUGUAACAGCUUCUAGACUCAUUGUGUAGUAGUGUAUAUCAUCCUGGUGUACAAUGUAUAUCACCUUGGUGUAACAGAUACAUCUCUGUGAUGUACAAGCUACAUCUCUGUGGUGUCAAAGGCCGUUUUCGUUUUUUUUGUGAUCCAAACGGUUAGACCACUUGGACCAGUGUUUGUUUAUGAAAUAAAGACAGACCUGGUUUAUAUUGUUUUCAGACGAGCCUUGACAAAGACUUCCAAGGCCUGUAUUAACAUUUGCAGGUCAGUCAAGAUGUAUGUUUGAAAUAUUACAUUAAAAAACUGACUAACAGGUUUGUCCGUAUAAAUGAACAGGCCCCAAGUUACAUCUCUGGUGUACAAGUUACAUUCUGUGGUGUACAAGUUACAUCUCUGGUGUACAAGUUACAUUCUGUGGUGUACAAGCUACAUCUCUGUGAUGUCCAAGUUACAUCUCUGGUGUACAAACUACAUCUAUGUGGUGUACAAACUACAUCUCUGGUGUACAAGUUACAUCUCUGUGGUGUACAAGCUACAUCUAUGUGGUGUACAAGUUACAUCUCUGUGGUGUACAAGUUGCAUCUCCCCAAUGUCCAAGCUACGUUCCCAAGAUGUACAAGCUACGUGACCCAGAUGUACGAGCUAUGUCUCCCUGAUGUACGAGCUACAUUCCCAAGAUGUAUGAGCUACGUCUCCCAGAUGUAUGUGGUACGUUUUCUGACGUGCUGGGUAGUAUGCCUGUAAGGAUUUGUGUGAUGCCUGUGUGCUGUCGAUAUUUGUAUAACAACUGCUGCAUGUAUAUUAUUGUAAUAAAUCUGCAAAUACAAUUCAAUUGAAA